CAGCUCCAGCCUCAGCCGUGUCCAUUGAAAGUCGGAAGUUGUUUUCUAGUUAGUGAAACUUUACAAAAUGGCAGAAGACAACUCUUAUGAGUCCAUGCUCUGCGUCAAGCCCGAGGUCCACGUUUACAAGAUCCCGCCGCGCGCCUCUAACCGUGGAUAUCGUGCUGCUGACUGGAAGCUGGAUGAACCUUCAUGGAGUGGAAGGAUGAAAAUCACUGCGAAAGGCAAGAUCGCUUUCAUAAAGUUAGAAGACAAAAACACAGGAGAGCUGUUUGCACAAGCUCCAGUCGACCAGUAUCCAGGUUGUGUGGUUGAAUCAGUCACCGACUCCAGCAGGUAUUUUGUGAUACGGAUAGAGGAUGGCAAUGGACGUCAUGCUUUUAUUGGUCUGGGCUUUGCUGAUCGUGGAGACUCAUUUGACUUCAAUGUUGCUUUACAAGACCAUUUUAAAUGGGUGAAGCAAGAGGGUGAGCUCGCAAAAAUGGAAGCUUCUGAUUGCGUAGCCCCUAAACUGGACCUGAGCUUCAAAGAGGGACAGACAAUCAAGAUCAGCAUUGGGAACAUCAAGAAGAAGGAUGCGGGUGGUGUCAAACCGCGGGGGGCGGUUGGAGGUCUGCUCCCACCCCCACCAGGCGCAAAGGCUGGAGGCAUGGUGCAACCUCCUGGAGGACAAGAGGCAGUCCCAGCUGUUCAAACUAACACUGACGCUCUUUUAGACUUCGGUUCCCCAGUCCCUGCAGCCCAGCCCAGCUCGGACGGUUGGGGGGAUUUCACAUCUGCAGGUUCCAACUCCAGUAAAGAUGCUGUCAAAUCAGGAUGGGUGCAGUUUAGUUGAGUUGUGAGAAAAUGUGCACACACUCAGGUUCCAUACAUUCCAUGGGCAGGACCAUUUUGGCAAAAAGAAACUAAAAGAGAGGAACUGUUAGUAAAACUUGACCGCCUCCGUCACUGCUUUUGUUCUGUAAAGAGUCUGUUUAUGUUGACCAUAGCCCGCUGACCAACACAUUCUGAAGGAACAAACAGCAAAAUGUACAGAAUUUUGACAAUAUGACUAUUCUUUUCAUACUCUGCUAUGCAGUGAGGUUUGUCUUUUGAUUUUUAGUAGUCUGGUAGCCUCUAAACUGUCAUUGUUAGAGACUCUGCUCUCUCAGAAAAGUGAGUGUACUGAUGGUUGAAGUGCAAGGUUGUUUCCUUACACUAACAGGUGCGUGUCCACCGCCUUAAAUCAAAUGCUCCUUUUAUUUUAUUCCUACUUUCUAGUCAAUCUGUCAAAAAACAGAUUUGAAUCGUACCCCUCUAAUUUUCUUCUGCUGUCAGUGUCACAUUUAUCUCAUUACACCAGCACAACUCAUCUCAAAAUUAUCUGAACCAUUUGGGAAAACACAAUGAUUUACAAUUGAAGUAUAUAUGUUUUGUUUAGCUUGUCUAUGUGUGUGUUAGUGAUCUUACAUUGAUUGUUUAAUUAGUUAGGGCCCGGGCACAGAAUGGUGCACAUUACAUGGCCCAAACAUGCUCGCUGUGCGAACAAUUAUAUAUUUUCAGGGUCUUGCACAUUGGCAUGGCAAAUGGCUCGAUUGCACAGUUUAAAAAUUCAAAGAUCCCUGCUUUAACUUUGCUCUAGAUGUAUGAAGUUCAGGAGAUGUGUCUAUUAGGCAGAAGCCUCUUGGAGCUGUACGCUAUACCCAACAGGAAAUUUGCCAUUUUGAAUUUAUUGGUCAAAUCUUAGGCUUUUUUUGCCAUUUAUACACUCUGUACUUUGAUGAAUUCGUUGUAGGGAAUUAAUUUAUUCUUCAAUUUUUUCCAGUCUAAUCUUGAUACUUUAAUUGUAAUAAAAUGCAAAGGGUUUUAGUUUCCG